AUGGCGGAGGAAGUUAUUCUUACAGCGAACGACCUUAUCAUGGGGCCGCCAUCGCCUGUGAUUCCGCGAGACCUCUCGCCGCGAGUGUUGGAGGGCGUCGAUACGUGCAGCGACCGAUUGAGAGCUCUCUUUGAAUGCUUGCAUGCGAACGAGGUGGAGCCCUUCUGCCAGGAUGCCAUCCUCACACUACGACGAUGCACGGCGCACCGGGAUGAGGUGCUGCGAGCGCGGCUGCUGCAGGCAGAGGGGGAGGCAGCGGCCUGUCGGUCAGCAGAGGGCAACGAGGAGCGAGUGGGGGUGAUGAAGGGGCAGGCGGAGCAACUGGAGAGGCGGCUCAUCCUGGCCAGUGCCACGCCCGGCCCUGAGGGCUUCCAGGCGCGGUGGAGGCUGCAUGGCGAGCUACAAGACACCAGGGCAAGAAUGAAGGUGCUUGAAGCCAAGAUGCACGAGCGGCAGGAGCAGGCGUCCAGAGAGAAAGAAAGGGCCAGCAGCAGCAAGCCGUGGUGGCGAAUAAUCUAG